AGCAGUAGGCAGCGGCCGCCCGGCCCGCGCUGUCCCCGCCUCCCGGCCCGCCCUCGCCGGCCGGAGUGAGCGACCGCCAGUCCGCGGAUCCCGGCUGCCGUCCGGGCGCGCGCAGCUAGCGGGCGCGACUAUGCUAAGAUGGUCCUGCAGGCGCGGAACAAGCACCGGGACGCGACUCCCAGGCCGCCCCGGCCGGCCCGCUCGUCACCGCCGCCACUGAGCGGGACAUCCGAGGUGGGCGCCGGGGAGCCGGGGCUGGAGCGCGCGCCGCCGUCUCCGGGGCGCAGAGGCGCGGCGGGCAGGAAGGGGCCCCGCGCGGAGACCGCUGCGCCCGCCCCGGACGGCCUCGCGGGCCGCCUGGCGGUCGGGCUGCGCUGGGCGCUGGGCCUGCGGCGCGGGCGCGGCCGGACCUGGAGCACGCUGCUGCUAGCUUCCUUUGCAGCCCUGUUGCACUGGAGCCACAUAACUCACCUCUUUGAAAAUGACCGGCAUUUUUCUCACCUCUCAACGCUGGAAAGGGAGAUGGCUUUCCGCACUGAAAUGGGGCUGUAUUAUUCUUACUUCAAGACUAUAGUGGAAGCACCCUCAUUUUUCAGUGGAGUGUGGAUGAUAAUGAAUGACAAGCUUACUGAAUACCCCCUUGUUAUUAAUACAUUAAAAAGGUUCAAUCUUUAUCCUGAGGUGAUCUUAGCCAGCUGGUACCGGAUUUAUACCAAAAUAAUGGAUUUGAUUGGUAUUCAAACCAAGAUAUGCUGGACAGUUACCCGAGGAGAAGGACUCAGUCCAAUUGAAAGCUGCGAGGGAUUGGGAGAUCCUGCUUGCUUUUAUGUUGCUGUAAUUUUUAUGUUAAAUGGACUAAUGAUGGCAUUAUUCUUCAUCUAUGGCACAUACUUAAGUGGCAGCCGAUUGGGAGGCCUGGUCACAGUGCUAUGCUUCUUCUUCAAUCAUGGAGAGUGUACCCGAGUGAUGUGGACGCCUCCUCUCCGGGAAAGCUUCUCAUAUCCAUUCCUUGUACUUCAGAUGUUGCUUGUGACUCACAUCCUGAGGGCUACAAAACUUUACAGAGGGAGCUUGAUUGCACUCUGCAUUUCCAAUGUGUUCUUCAUGCUUCCUUGGCAGUUUGCCCAGUUCGUGCUUCUUACUCAGAUUUCAUCAUUAUUUGCAGUAUAUGUUGUGGGAUACAUUGAUAUAAGUAAAUUACGGAAGAUCAUUUAUAUACACAUGAUUUCUCUUGUGCUUUGUUUCGUGUUGAUGUUUGGGAACUCGAUGUUGCUCACAUCUUACUAUGCAUCCUCUUUGGUGAUAAUUUGGGGGUUGCUGGCAUUGAAACCACAGUUGCUAAAAAUGAAUGUAUCUGAACCUAGUUUAUGGGUUAUCCAAGGGUGUUGUUGGUUAUGUGGAACUGUUACACUCAAGUAUUUGACUUCCAGAAUCUUCGGCAUUGCAGAUGAUGCUCAUAUUGGGAACUUACUAACGUCAAAAUUCUUUAGUUACAAGGAUUUUGAUACCUUACUAUAUACUUGUGCAGCAGAGUUUGACUUCAUGGAAAGGGAGACUCCACUGAGAUACACAAAGACACUGCUGCUUCCUGUUGUUCUCAUCGUGUUUGCUGCAAUCGUCAAAAAGAUUAUUAGUGAUAUUUGGGGUGUCAUGGCUAAACAACAGACACAUCUAAGAAAACACCAAUUUGAUCACGGAGAGUUGGUUUACCAUGCUCUGCAGCUGUUGGCAUACACAGCCCUCGGGGUUCUGAUCAUGAGACUGAAGCUCUUCCUGACACCACACAUGUGUGUCAUGGCGUCCUUGAUCUGCUCCAGACAGCUCUUUGGGUGGCUCUUUGGCAAAGUUCACCCUGGUACUGUUGUGUUCGCUGUGCUAGCAGCGAUGUCGAUUCAAGGCUCAGCAAACCUGCAAACCCAGUGGAACAUUGUAGGGGAGUUCAGCAAUUUACCUCAAGAAGAGCUCAUAGAAUGGAUCAGAUACAGCACAAAGCCAGAUGCAGUGUUUGCAGGCGCCAUGCCCACCAUGGCAAGUGUGAAACUCUCUGCUCUCCGGCCCGUGGUGAACCACCCACACUAUGAAGAUGCAGGUCUGAGAGCCAGAACAAAAAUUGUUUAUUCGAUGUAUAGCCGAAAAGCAGCUGAAGAUGUGAAGAAGGAAUUGAUGAAAUUAAAAGUGAAUUACUACAUUCUAGAAGAGUCAUGGUGUAUAAGAAGAUCCAAGCCUGGGUGCAGCAUGCCUGAAAUCUGGGAUGUGGAGGAUCCAGCCAAUGCUGGGAAGACACCCCUGUGUAACAUCCUGGGGAAGGAUUCCAAGCCUCACUUCAACACAGUGUUCCAGAACAGCGUUUACAAAGUUCUAGAAGUUAUUAAAGAAUGACUGUGACACGCGCCGGCUACAGAGACCGCAUCAGCUGAUUAACCUCAGUGUGGAUUGUCCUUGAGACCUGAGUCCUCAGGGAUGGUUUCCGGUGCCCAUCCUGGCAGCCGCAGAAGAGCUGUUCUUUUCCUGCCUUCUUACCAGAGGCCAAGAACAAGUUUGUCUGGGGGAAGCACUAGCUUGCUCCUGUUGUCACCUGAAAAGACAGCACGUGAGACUGAGGAGCGUGGCCUCAGUGUCCCCAGAGCCAACCUCGCCUCCUAGGAUGUCCCGUCCUGGAGCUGCCCAGGGACUGUCGUUCCUAAUGUUGCACACUGUGACUCCGCUUCCUCAUGUGGCGCUCAGUUUUUUAUUUCAUAAGCUUCUACCAACUCAGAACAUAGGGAGGCAGCUGGAGAUAGGUGGGUUAGGAGUGUUUCAGUGAUGGUGCAGGAUUACGAGGAAGUGGAAAGAGGGCUCCUGAGGUUGGAGAGAGAGUAGGCGUGGGUGUGAGGGCGGCAUGCACACCCUGCUUGUCUGCACUCCCUCUGCACCCUGACGUGACUGCUGUGUGUAUACAGCAGUUAGGAUUUUUUUAAAAUCACCUUUUUAAAGUUCUUUUCUAUCCUUACCCUCUAACAAGUCCCUUCAUCAUAAGUUCAUGUGUAAUGAUUGGAAAUUCUGUACAGAGAAACAAAACAUUAAAAUACUAUUAGAACCAGCUCACACGCUGGGAAACAUUAAAAGCAGUCUAAAUUAGUUUUCUGCAGAAGCCUUUUGUAACAGUAUUUCUUAAUGUGACUCCACCAGCAAGCUCUGCUUGUAUUUUAGGCAAGUCAGCUUGGAACAGAGGCCUUGGGGGUCCACUGCGUAUUUAGCCUCCAGCACAUCCAGUAGCAGCCGGUGCUCUGCGACUUAAGCACUUUUACGGCAACAUGGAACAGUAAUAGAUUCUGUGUAGCUGACAAUGCAGCAUUAAAGCUCAGUAUUUUGCAUAUUUUUAGCAUUUACAAAUAUUUUUGCUUUAAUGUGAGGAAAGUAAGGAAAGACAGGAGGCAAAUGAAAUAGUUAUUAUUGUGACAUUUUUUAAAAAGCUGGGUAAUACUUCCAUAAAAAGAUAAGCCUCUGAAAUGCCUGACAGAAAAUGUGUGCUGUUAGAGUAGGCCAAUAGCAUUAAGGAGAAAAUAAAAGGAUGUGUCUGAAAUGAAGUGAUGACUGCAUAAGAGUAUUGUAUUUUUAUGAAUUUUAUGCCCCUUGUUUACAUGUAUUAUAUAUGUUAAAUAAAAAAUACAUGAAAAA